AUGUCACUUGCCGCGGCAGCGAAGAUUCCUCUAACAAGAUCACUACAUCCUCGAGUCUCCAUUAGGCCAAGAAGUGGUCUCGCCCGCCUUGCGCUCGGCGCAACAUGCGCUACCCCGGCGUUGCCCUUACAGCUCCGCGUUCAGCGUACAUUCCGGCCUACUUUCUCGCAUGCAUAUUCGACGAAACACCCAGGAGGGGGGAAUGCUGGGGGUGGAUUCCCCGGGUUUGCGUUCCAACAACCACAUCAGAAGGGCGAUGCUUUGAAGGAAUAUAGUGUCGACCUUACGGAAAUGGCGCGAAACGGAAAACUUGAUCCUGUCAUUGGGAGGGACGAAGAAAUUCGGAGGACCAUACAAAUUCUUUCUCGGAGAACAAAGUCAAACCCAGUGCUCAUCGGACCUCCUGGCGUUGGAAAAACCGCCAUUAUCGAGGGACUUGCAAGCCGUAUCGUCGCAGGUGAGGUACCGGAGUCUCUUCAAGACAAGAGAGUGCUUUCUCUCGAUCUCUCUGCCAUAUUGGCUGGUUCGGGAAUUCGUGGCCAAUUUGAGGAGAAAUUUAAGGCUCUAAUACGAGAUAUAGAAGAGGAGGCCGGCAAAAUCAUAUGUUUCAUAGACGAAGUUCAUAUGCUCUUUAAUUUAGGAAAAGCAGAAGGAAGCGUAGACGGUGGGCAAAUGAUAAAGCCAGCGUUGGCACGCGGCCUGCGACUAGUCGGGGCUACUACUACGGAUGAAUAUAGAAAGACGAUAGGUAAAGACGCGGCUUUGGAACGUCGUUUCCAGCCUGUUCAGAUCGACGAACCGACUGUCGAAUCUACCGUCUCCAUUCUCCGAGGUCUCAAGCCUCGGUACGAAGUCCACCACGGUGUGGAGAUCGCCGACAGCGCACUAGUAACGGCUGCCGUAUACAGCGCACGAUACAUUUCCGACCGCUACCUCCCUGACAAAGCGAUCGACUUGGUCGAUGAGGCAGCGUCUGCACUUCGACUCGCUCAAGAAUCCAAACCAGAUGAACUCGAAGCCCUAGAUCGCGAAAUCAUGACGCUUCAAAUCGAGUUGGAGAGUCUGAAGAAAGAAACCGACGUCUUCAGCGUUGAACGGAGAGCCAAACUUGAAAGCGAUUUGCAACGGAAGAAAGGAGAGGCUGAAGAGUUGACUGCGAUCUGGCAGAACGAACGUGCGAGACUUGACCGGAUUAAGGACCUCAAGAAACGACUAGAAGAUGCAAAGCACGAACUCGAGGUUGCCCAACGUCAAGGACAAUACGAAAGAGCCUCCCAACUCCGAUUCGGGAUUAUCCCUGAUUUGGAACAUCAACUUCCCAAGGAUGGUGAACCACGAGAAGUAGAUGAGGAAAGCCCACUCGCUAUGUUACAUGACAGAGUUACCAGCAAUGAUAUUGCGAGAGUCGUUGCAAAAGCUACGGGAAUACCUGUUCAGAACUUGCUAAAAGGCGAGCGGGAGAAAUUAGUUCAUAUGGAGGAAUCGCUGAAGCAACGGGUGGUCGGACAAGACCAUGCCGUCGUGGCUGUAAGCGACGCCGUGCGGAUAUCUCGCGCCGGGCUGCAAGCACCGAACAGACCCGUCGCAUCAUUCCUUUUCCUUGGGCCCACCGGCGUUGGAAAGACGGAACUUUCGAAGGCUUUGGCGGGAUUCCUGUUUAAUGAUGAGCAGCGAGGACUUAUCACUGUCAAUAUGUCUGAAUUCCAUGACCGACACACCGUCUCGCGUCUCAUUGGUGCUGCUCCGGGAUAUGUAGGUUUCGAGGAAGGCGGCCAACUAACGGAAGCUGUGCGGCGGAAGCCAUAUGCCGUCAUCCUCCUUGACGAACUCGAGAAAGCUCACAAGGACGUCUCCAUGAUCCUACUUCAAAUUCUCGACGAGGGAAGCCUCACAGACAGUCAAGGACGGAAAGUCGAUUUCAAGAAUACAAUUGUUUGCUUGACUAGUAACAUCGGAAGCGACAUACUAGCCCAAAGCACCUCGUGCGACGCGAAUGGUACCGUGACUGAUGAAGCGAAAGCACUCGUCAUGAAACGCACCUCCGACUACUUCCCUCCCGAACUUCUUAACCGCCUUGACUCCAUUCUAGUGUUUAAUAAGCUUUCGCCCAAGUCGAUUCUGGAUAUCGUCUCAUUGCGGUUGAGGGAUGUCGCUUCUCGACUCAGAGAUCGACGGAUUACGCUGGAUGUCGAUGAUGCGACUAAGCAUUGGCUCGCUAAGAAGGGUUAUUCAGAGGUCUAUGGUGCUCGCGCUAUUGCUCGAGUCGUACGGUCGGACGUGCUUUUCCCCCUGGCACAGAAAUUGCUGAAGGGAACCAUUCGCAACGGCGAUACGGUUCACAUUAGGGCGAUGGAGGGCCACGACAACCUUCAAAUCCAAGACAACCAUCCUGCUGACCCUAGCAUCGCCGAAAAGGAAGAACCCAGCAUUGUCUAA